AGUUUGGGUCUUACAUCUGGACUGAUUGGAUUAUAUGCAGCAGUGGUGAGACCCCAGCAGAGAGGCUAAAAGUGCACGGUGCAUGUAAAAAUUUGAAGAACUUGUGUGGACUGUCAGAGGAAGUACAUUUACCCUGCGGAAGACGCUGCAAGUUAGUGUUCACAAAUGAAGGGGAGCAUCUCCAAAGACCCACGGAAAGGCCAGGAGAGUCUGUUUUAAAUAACUCUGCAGACCAAAGAAAGCAAGGAUGACAUUUGCUGCUCUGUUAACAUCCCUCAUGUUUCCUUGAAUCAGCAGUGCCCCAGAAAACGUUUCCCUUCCUGAGACUCCAGGGAAGUCUUGGAACGCAAAGAACUUGAAGAGGGAGCCUGGCCAAAUAGAGAUUUUUGAGCCUUGGUAGGCUUGCUGAAGCAGAUUUUUAGCACAAACACAAAUCAAAGUCUUUGUAUACUUAAAAGCAGCAUUUUCAUGAUAGAACUAAGAAAUAUCAAGAUUUAAAACCUAAAGGCCUUGGAAUACUCAGAAGAGCAACAUGGCAGAAAUUGAGAAAAGAAUUGAAACCCAUAGAAUAAGAUGUCUUUCCAAGUUGAAGAUGUUUCUUCUGGCAAUAACAUGUGCAUUUGUAUCCAAAACACUCUCUGGAUCUUAUAUGAAUUCCAUGCUCACACAAAUAGAGAGACAAUUCAACAUCCCUACAUCUCUAGUCGGAUUUAUUAACGGAAGCUUUGAGAUUGGAAAUCUUUUGUUGAUUAUAUUUGUGAGUUAUUUUGGAACCAAAUUACAUAGACCUAUACUGAUUGGUGUUGGAUGUGUGGUUAUGGGCCUAGGGUGUUUCUUACAAUCUCUACCUCAUUUCCUCAUGGACCGAUAUGAAUAUGAAUCUACAGUUUCAGUUUCAGGCAAUUUGUCCUCAAACAGUUUCUUGUGUAUGGAAAAUGGAACCCAGAUUUUCAGACCAACAGAAGAUCCAUCAGACUGUGUGAAAGAAGUGAAAUCAUUAAUGUGGGUGUAUGUACUAGUAGGAAAUAUCAUACGUGGAAUUGGAGAAACUCCCAUCAUGCCUUUGGGUAUUUCCUACAUAGAAGAUUUUGCCAAAUCUGAAAACUCUCCUUUAUAUAUUGGGUUUGUAGAAACAGGAGCUAUCGUUGGUCCUUUGAUUGGACUUUUGUUAGCAUCAUUCUGUGCAAAUGUUUAUGUUGACACUGGAUCUGUGAACACAGAUGAUCUGACCAUAACUCCCACUGAUACUCGUUGGGUUGGUGCAUGGUGGUUUGGCUUUUUGAUUUGUGCAGGAGUGAAUGUGCUCACUGCCGUUCCUUUUUUCUUUCUGCCCAAAACGCUUCCAAAGGAAGGACUAAAGAAUAAUGCAGACAUCAUUAAAAAUGAGAAAGAAGAGAAACAAAGCAAAAAAGUCAAGAAGGAAAAGGAUGGAAUCACUAAAGAUUUUUUACCAUUCAUGAAAAGUCUUUUGUGCAACACAAUUUAUAUGCUUUUCAUACUAAUUAGCAUUGUACAGUUCAAUGCAUUUGUUAAUAUGUUCACCUUCAUGCCUAAAUAUCUGGAACAGCAAUAUGGAAAAUCAUCUUCAGAUGCAAUCUUUCUAAUUGGCAUUUAUAACUUACCUCCAAUAUGCAUUGGAUAUAUAGCUGGUGGUUUAAUUAUGAAGAAGUUCAAAAUUACUGUCAAACAAGCUGCCCACAUAGGAUGUUGGUUAUCUUUAAUUGAGUAUCUUCUCCAUUUUUUGUGUUUUCUCAUGAUCUGUGAUAAUUCUUCAGUUGCUGGCAUAACCACCACUUAUAAAGGAAUGCAACAAGAUUUAUAUGUGGGAGAUACCAUCCUUGCUGAUUGUAACAGGGAUUGCAACUGUCCAACUAAAACAUGGGACCCUGUGUGUGGAAACAAUGGUGUGUCAUAUAUGUCAGCUUGUCUUGCUGGUUGUGAGACAUCUGUUGGAGCAGGAAUAAAUAUGGUGUUCCGAAAUUGUAGCUGCAUUCAAAUGUCAGCAAAUUCAUCUGCAGUUCUUGGACUGUGUGACAAAGGACAUGACUGUUCCAUGAUGCUUCAGUACUUUUUAAUCUUGUCAGCAGUUGGCAGCUUUAUUUAUUCUUUAUCUGCCAUACCUGGAUAUAUGGUUCUCCUAAGGUGCAUCAAGCCUGAAGAGAAGUCUCUUGGUGUGGGGUUACAUACAUUUUGCACAAGAGUAUUUGCUGGAAUUCCUGCACCUAUAUAUUUUGGAGCUUUAGUGGAUUCCACAUGUUUACAUUGGGGAAUUUUGAAAUGUGGUGAGUCAGGGGCAUGCAGGAUAUAUGAUUCUACCAACUUCAGAUACAUCUAUCUUGGCUUGCCAUCAGCUCUAAGAGGAAUAAGCUAUAUUCCAGCCUUUUUAAUCCUAAUUAUUUUGAAGAAACGUCGUCUACCUGGUGAAAAUGUCUCUUCAGGAACUGUGCUUAUAGAGGCAAAAGUUCCAGGAAAGGAAAAUGAGUGCAAAGAUAUGCACCAAAAUUCCAAAGUCUUGAAUGAUGAUGAAUUGAAAACUAAACUGUGAUGCCCUAUUAUAUCAUGUUUCCCAGAGUUGGAGAAUUCACUACAACUUAAUUGUUUUUAAAAUCAAUAGGGAUACAGAGGGUAACUUUUUCUUAUCUUUAUGAACUUCAAGUUU